UAAUCCUUUGCUUUUAAAAAAAAAAAUUUAAAAAAUCCUUUGAAUUUUUUCAUUAUCAACUUAAUAGCCAUAAACACUAAAAAAACACAAAAAAAAAAACUUGAAAUGUCUUUAACAGUUAAGGCAGUUGUUACAGUUAAAGAGUUUGAUGGUGGGUUGUUAUCUAACAUUAGUUUAACAUCUCCUCUCGAUGGCCUAACCGAUCUUCUCGGCAGAACUUUUCUUCUGGAGCUUGUUAGUACGGAAUUCGACUCAAAAACGAAUUCGGAGAAGGAAAGAAUUACAGGAUAUGCUGGUAAAGUAAGUGAGAAAGAAAAUGUGUUGAAAUAUGAGGGCAAAUUCAACAUUCCAAAAGAUUUUGGAGAGGUUGGAGCUAUUUUAGUGCAGAAUGAAAGUCACAAGGAAAUAUAUGUGAAUGACAUUACUCUUCAAGGCUUCCCUAGUAAUGUUGUUGUUAAUUUUGCCUGUGAAUCAUGGGUUCAUUCCAAGUUUGAUAAUUCUGACAAGAGAAUUUUCUUUAGCAACAAGUCCUACAUGCCAUCGGAGACACCAAAUGGACUGAAGAAGCUAAGGCAAAAAGAAUUGGAAAAUUUAAGAGGAAAUGGAAAAGGAGAAAGAAAGCAUUCCGACAGGAUCUAUGAUUAUGAUACAUACAAUGAUCUCGGCGAUCCCGAUUCCGACAUAAACCUCCUCCGACCGGUUUUGGGUGGUAAAAAACAUCCCUAUCCGAGACGUUGCAGAACGGGCCGUAAACCAGCAAAAACUGAUCCGCAGUCGGAAUCAAGAAGCACCGAUGUAUACGUGCCAAGGGACGACAAAUUCUCCGACAUAAAGAAAGAUUCAUUCACCGAAAAAACACUAAAAAACGUAUUGCACAGUCUAAUCCCUCAGCUUUCUGCCAGAAUUGUUGAUCAAACACUUGGAUUCCCUCACUUUACUGCUAUUGAUUCACUCUUUCGACAAGGCAUUCUGUUGCCUAAGGGGGCCAACGUUGGCCCUAUUCCCACGCUCGUCAAGACCAUUGCUGACAGUAAACAACAGAUUUUGCUCUUCCCCACUCCUGAAAUGUUCGAGAGAGAUAAAUUUUCGUGGUUUAGAGAUGAAGAAUUCGCUCGCCAAACUCUUGCCGGUCUUAACCCAUUUAGCAUUGAAUUAGUCAAGGAAUGGCCGAUUAAAAGUAAGCUUGAUCCUGCAGUUUAUGGUUCUGCAGAGUCAUUGAUUACCAACGAAGUUAUCGAGUAUGAGAUAUGCGGCGCAAUGACUGCUGAGGAGGCUUUUAAGAAAAAGAGACUCUUUAUGUUGGAUUACCAUGAUUUUCUUAUGCCGUAUGUUGGCAAAAUUAGAGAGCUUGAAGGCACCACAUUGUAUGGUUCUCGAACACUAUUCUUCCUCACUAAUGAAGGCACAUUAAAACCGCUAGCUAUCGAGCUCACCCGUCCACCUAUUGGCGACAAGCCACUGUGGCGGCAUGUGUUUACGCCGAGCUUUGAUGCUACUAAAACCUGGCUAUGGAGAAUGGCUAAGGCUCACGUUUGUGCCCAUGACUCUGGCUAUCAUCAGCUUGUCAUUCACUGGCUAAGGACUCAUUGCGUAACAGAGCCUUACAUAGUUGCAGCAAAUAGGCAACUCAGUGCAAUGCAUCCAAUCUACAGACUUCUAUUACCACACUUCCGAUACACAUUGGAAAUCAAUGCUCUUGCUCGCGAGAGCCUCAUCAAUGCGGGUGGAACCAUUGAGAACGGCUUCUCACCCGCGAAGUACUCUAUGGAACUUAGCUCAGUUGCUUAUGAUAAGCUUUGGCGCUUCGACAUGGAGGGUUUGCCAGCCGACCUCAUUCACAGGGGGAUGGCAGUUGAGGACUCAACAGCACCUCAUGGAUUAAAGCUAGCAAUCGAAGACUAUCCCUUUGCAAAUGAUGCUUUAAUUAUGUGGGAUUCAAUCAAACAAUGGGUUAGUGAUUACGUAAAUCGCUUCUAUAAAGAACCAAUCCAAGUAGAGACUGAUACAGAACUUCAAGCAUGGUGGACAGAAGUUCGGACCAAAGGGCACCAAGACAAGAAAGACGAACCAUGGUGGCCUGUCCUGAAGUCUCAAAACGACCUAAUCGAAACCUUAACCACUAUUAUUUGGGUAAGUUCGGGGCACCACGCUGCGGUCAACUUCGGUCAGUAUCUUUACGGUGGUUACUUCCCUAAUCGACCUUCCAUAGCCCGAAUCAACAUGCCAACUGAGGAACCAAUAGUAGAAGAGGAUUAUAAUCAGUUUAUCAAUAAGCCCGAAAUUACAUUGUUACGAGGCUUCCCUACGCAAGUUCAAGCAACGCAAGUUAUGGCGGUUUUGGAUGUUCUGUCGACUCAUUCACCGGAUGAGGAGUAUAUCGGUCAGAAUCCGGAGCCAUAUUGGGAAGAAGAUGCUGUCAUAAAAGCUGCUUUUGUAAAGUUUAAUGCGAAAAUGAAAGAUCUUGAAGGUAUUAUUGAUGCGAGGAACGGUGACAAAAAUCUGCGGAACAGAAAUGGAGCAGGAGUUGUUCCAUAUCAGUUGAUGAAACCAUUCUCCAAAGAGGGAACUACAGGGAGAGGAGUUCCUAAUAGCAUUUCCAUCUAAUACUUGAAGUAUUGACCAUCCGACAUACAUUUCGUCGAACAUUCAUGCUUUAAACAAACCACUCUCAAAAUUGGUAUUUUAACUCGUUUUACCUUCUCGGAUGAGUAGAAGAAAAUUGUUGGACAAUUUAGAGCAGAACGGAAAAAACGAGUCAAAAUAUCAAAUUUGUGGAUGGUUUUUUUUAAAGCCACUACUUUGAUCUUAUUUGAUUAUUUUUUGCUAAAUUUAAGGGGCGAAAUGAAUUAUUUUGAUAAAGAUGUGUUUGAGUUGUUUAUUUAUGUGAAUAAGUGUAAUGUAGAUUAUUUUCCAUGUCUAGCCAUGGGAAAUUGACAACAUUGUACACUAGUCAUACUAGUCUCGAAUGUUAAGUGUUCUUUGAUUCA